AUGUCCAGAACAGCAUCCUCCUCCCGUCCUCAACCACCAAAGCAUGCAGAGACGAACGGAAAGGCACGCGGGGCCGAUGAUGUUGUUCGCACCAAGAUCCUCCUUCUCGGCAUGCGCAGGAGCGGCAAGACGUCCAUCCGCCAGGUCCUAUUCAACGACCUCUCCCCGCGUGAGACCCUCUAUCUGGAAACCACGACGCACCUAACCAAGCACACUUUCGAUACGGUCAUCCCGCUCGAAAUAUGGGAUUGUCCAGGGGACACCACUCUGGAAACUCUCGAUGCGCCCCUCACCCAGUUCGCCACCAUGAUAUUCGUGAUUGACAUUCAGGACCUAUAUCAGCAGCCUAUCCAGAAGCUCGUCGACUUUGUUAUCACCGCCUAUCAGGAGAACCCAAACAUGAAUCUCGAGGUCUUCGUUCACAAGGCGGAUGUCCUCACCGAAGAGUACAAGAUCGAGAACUUCAGGCACAUCCAGCAACGGGUGCUCUCCGAAUUGGCAUACAUCAACUUUGAGUACGAGCAAAUCCCGAUCAACUUUCAGCUCACGUCUAUCUACGACCAUACCCUCCACGAUGCCUUCUCACGCGUACUGCACAAGCUCAUCGACUCGCUUCCGUAUCUCGAGGACCUCCUUAACGUCUUCUGCUCGAAUUCACAAGCGACAAAGGCGUUCUUGUUUGACACCAAUUCGCGACUUUAUGUCGCGACGGACGCAUCCCCCGUCGAUCCGCCAACGCACAACCUCUGCAAUGACUACCUGCAGACCCUCAACGCUUUCGGGCCACUAUACAAGUCCAUAUCGGCGAGCCCUCACCGCAUGUACCCGCCCCCUCCAGACCCCACGCCCCGCUCAGCAGGCCCAUCUGCCCCUGGCUCCCCUAGACCACCAACAGCCGCCGGACAAUCGCACCCUACCUCGCGCGCUCAAUCCCCUGCGCUCUCCUCGCAUCUGUCUCCCCGAAUCACGGACUCGCUCCUCCCACCACCCCUCACGACCAGCCCCGGCGCGAUCGCGCCGCCCAGUCUCCCGUCAUCCAUCGCCCCUUCUCUGGCUACGCCUGCAUCGCCUGCCCACGCCACGCCCGCGCCACCGAAGCCGCGAUUCUACCCGUCCGCGGCUGCCUCGCUGUCCCCGACUGCAGCGGGCGCGGGCACGACCAUGACGUACCACCUCGUCGCGGAUGGACUAGCACUGCUCGCGCUCAUCCCCGCGGGAGUCUUUGCGGCGCGUCGAGGGCUCGUGGAGUACAACGUCGUGUUCUUCCGAGAGGGCGUCCAGGAAAUCUGCGCGGUGGAGAAGGACGCGCGGAAGGUGCCGGUGGUGUGAGCAACCGGAUGGCGUUGAAGGCGCCUGGUUCGGUUUUUUCCUGUGCGAGGUUGUAUAUGUUUUCUUGUGCUUCAUUGACGACGUCCUAGUUCAAGUCUUGGGUGCAGUGUACUUUUACAUAUAAUCUGC